CUUCGUGCACCCAGACUGAACAAAAGGCAUCCCUCCGUAAACCAAGAUUCUACUGACCCCUACAGGAUGAUUCUGUCCAGUAACUCAUGUCUGAAAAACAGUUACCCCAACACUGACAUGCUGAUAACGUUACGCAACAAUGAGCACGUUUUGACAUGUGGAUGAGCACAAAUGUAACCAUCAGUUUGGACCCAGUUGCCUUUGCUGGUGUGUUGCAUAUGCAUGAGUUAUUAUUGUUUGGUUGAUAAUAGAAAAAGCUGCAUCUCAUACUCGAUCUCUGUGUCUCUGUGUGUGUUUGCGAGAGAAAGCCAGAGAGGGGGAAAAAAGUGCUUUGAAGCUGCAGAAAAAUCCAGGAGUUUCCUGUGAACAAGCCCAGGCUAUAAUGUGACCCAGGAAUGUGCAUGUGUUAGUGAGGAGAAGAGCGUCUCUGCAGUCAGUCUCUCUGUUGCUGAGGGGCUUUUAACACUGCAGCAGCGACUUUACAUUUCAGAUUACAAAUUUGAUUCUUAUUUUUUUACUUAACAAAAUGCUGAAACCUCCAGAGAUACUUUCAUUUGAAGAAUGAAUUCUUCAGAUAGCUUUUAAACAUCUGGCUACUCUAGUGCUGAAGAGCAAUAGUAGUAAAAAAAAGUUAACACGUGUAUUUUGCCAUUUAGUGGAGUUCUUCUGCUGCAUCAGGAAGGAUGGUUCAUUUUUUUACUUCACACUGUCUGAUGGUGUUUACCGCUCUGUGGAGCCUUGCCCACCUUGGAUCGCUGAGUGCAUGGACAGGCGUCAUUGGAAGCAAACCAAAGGACCAGUUGGACCCCAAUGUCAAAGACUGGGGGGACUAUUCCGACCUCCCUUUGGGAGUUGAGCAAGGACUAGGAUUGGAGGAAGACAGAGAAGAGGGGGACAGAAGGGGCGCUGGAGGGUCAACAAACUUGGCUCCAGAGCUGGAUUUUCUGGCUGACUUUGCAGGUAAAAAGCGGCUGUGGGUGAUAACAGCUCCAUCACACAACGACCACUACCUUCAAAUGAUGGAGAAACAGUUAGAAGAUAUGGACCAGAAAGGGCUGAACUGCCGUCUAGCAGAAAGAGACACUUUCAUCAUAACCAUCAUCCAGAACGCCAUGAUGGAAGGACGCAUCCAAAAAACCACUCUUCAGGGGGAUGCCACAGUGGAGAACCUGGACCCUGACACCGUUACCAGACUGCUGCACUACCUGGAGCUCGCCAACCAAGAUCAGACUUUUACCAUGUUGGUCAUUAAGAAGAAUCUCCGGGUUAGUGAGCGUUUCCCCUACCCAGUCCGCGUUGAGGCAAUUUUGGAACUCAUUGAUCAUUUUCCAGUGAGGAAACUGGAGAAAGCAACCAGAAAAGGAUCUCACUUAAGGUGCAAAACUAUAAAGAAGAAGCUUGUAGUGAAAAGGAGAAAGAUGACAAAGAAGAUUGUGCUGAGCCCUCAUACCCGAGGGAACAUUACAUCUGUAGUGACUUUGCAAAGGAAAGGUCCAGUGGACAAAAAAGUCGCCCUGAAGAGUAAAAUCCAGGACAUACUGAACGGUCGGUCCAGGUUUGUCAUUUGGAAGAAGCCCGCUGAAACUGCGAAAGGAAAAGAAUCGGGCAGUAAUGACUGGCCCACUUCUCAAGUGCUUCGUCCUACAGCAGGUCCAAGGAGAAGCAAGGAGGUGGUGAAAGACAGGCCCCACUCUGCUGUAGAAAACGUGAAGAAAAAUAGAAACACGCAAGAAAAGGUAGAGCCAGGAGUGAAAGCUGACAUUCAGGACAAACAAAGCUCAAAGAAAAAAAACAAGAAGAAGAAAGGAAAGAAAGGGAAAGGACGGGGAAAGAAGUCCAGCAGAGAAGCAAGUGAGGAGGACAAAGCGGCUCUGAAAAAGCUUUUGGACAGUCUGAGAGGGUCCAGACGCCUGAUGCUGAUUUCAACACCCAGUAGAGAUGCGGCGCUGUAUGUGCAGCAAAGUGGAGAAAACGAGAGGCAAAAGUGUGAGCUUGCUACCAGGAAGAUCACCGUGGCAACUGUAGUGGGAGAAGGACGUGAGGCCACCCUCACACUGCAGCAUCAUCAGCUCAAGUCUGAGCCUCCUCUCAGUGACCAAUCGAAGGAGCUUUCCAGUGCAGGAUUAAUCUCUUUGUUGAGGCAGGAGCUCGGCAUGUCGUCUGCUGAUCUCUUUUCAAUAACCGUCACCGAUUAUGACAUCAAGCCCAAAACCGUCUUCGAGGCUCCUCCAUCAAGCUCAGCUUUGUUUGAGUACAUUGACAACUUUCCUUCGAGGCACUCGGAGAAAGAGAGGGAAAAAAAGAGUCCUCCUGUCUGUUCUGAAGACGUGCCCGCACCUGCUGUUCAGGAUUCACUUCUCAGGUUUAUGUCCAAGAGAAGACUUCUGCUGAUCUCAGCUCCCUCUGAAGAUGACUAUUCUUUCCAGCAACAGCGCUCUGCUCUGAUUGGACAGGAGUGUCACCUUGGUAUUCGCCACUUUGCCUUACUAAAGCUUUUUGGAAAUGGAGAAAGAGCUUCAGGAACUGUGGAGCUAUUUCCCCUAAAUGGUCGCAGUCAGAGUGAAGUUGAACCCCUGUCCUCCGCCACGGUUAGAAAUCUGAGGGAGCAGCUGAAAAUAAGCGAGGAUUAUUUCAGUAUGCUGGUGGUGGGGAAAGAUGGCGAUGUUAAAGCCUGGUUCACAUCACCAAUGUGGUCCCUGGACAGCAUCUACGACCUGGUGGACUCCAUGGAGCUUCGUCUUCAGGAGGAGAAGCUCCAGAGGAGUCUGGGGAUCCACUGUACUGAGGAAGGAGGAGCUAGAGGCGGUGAAGCGGGGCAAUACCCUGGAUAUGGUGGCGAAGAGGAGACAAGCAUGUAUCAGAAAUGAAAGGAAAAAACACACA